GCUACAUUACCUACAGGUGGUCCAUAUACAACCGAUUAUGUGUCCAUAUUAAACACAACAAGUGACAUGGCUGCAUCACAUCCACCCGUUUCUUCUACUGUCAACUACAAUUUGACGUCUAAAACUACCGUCAAUACGUCUGCCUUUAACUCUAGCAGUAACACUGCUAUAUUACAUACAACCAUCCCUUCUUUAACUAACUACACCUCUCUCUUCAACACAACCAGUAGACCCGAAACUUCGAACACAACAGCGCUUCGUACAACUCACAGCACCGCAUCAUUGUCAAAAACAGUUUUCACGAAGAAUGCAAAAAACUAUCCCACCUCGUUUCCAGUGACCACACGUAAUGACGUUAAUGAGACUUACACAUCACAAGUGACUACAUUAUAUAGGCCUCGUGACAAUGUCACAUCGUUAAACACUGCACCUACACCAGUAGGUUAUAAUCACACAUCCACAUCCACUGGAAUUCGCCAUACGGACAGAAUACUAUCAACCACAAUAUCUGGGGCGAACACAGUAUUGCCGGCAGGUACAGACAUAGCUGAUGGCCAGACUAACACGCCAAUACCGUCCUUAACAUCAACAAUAGUGCGCGGCUAUACAACAACAGUAAUGAAAACAGUACAACCAUCAACAUCAUCAUCAUCAUCAUCAAUGUCUGAUGGUAGUGAAUCUGCAGCAGUAUCUUCAGGAAUGACGAGACAGAACACAUUGUCUCCAUCAACAGCCGUGGCGGCUGAUUAUGUGUCUAUGCCAUUAACAACUGCACCAACAGAUACCCACACAUCCGUCCAACCAUCUGCACUUACAGCCUCAUCAGCAGCAGCAGAUACCAUCACCAAUACAUCUGCAAUCCACCAAAACAAAACCCAUCAUUCUGACCACCUUUUCAACACUACAGCUAUGAACAACAAUCAGGCAGACGCUUUAACAACUGCCAAACCCACCAUUUCUUCAUUUUCCACUUUCGAACCAUCCUCAACUGUGACCAACUCAAACACUGCACAAAACAUUCAAACUCCAACAACAUCGAGAGUGAGCAUGAUUUCGUCAUCAACAGAAGAUAAUGUUACAGAUUAUUCCAAAACAAGGACAUCUUCGGUGAGUCACACAUCACCUACACCACAGCCUAUGGCAACUCAGUACACAUCCACUGUGACAACAACAAGUACUUACACGUCUUAUAUAGAUCUACUUACCAGAGCAAACCACACUGCCAUUACAGCAUCAAAGUCUACACCCGUACACGCCUCCUCUACAGCAACAGUUACUGAAAGGCCGCACUUAACAACAUUACGUACGACGAGACAUACAGUCACUGAUAUUAUCACUACAUUUGGACAGCUACAGGUAGACGGCACUUCCACUACUUCUAAAAUUAGCCCUACAUUCGGACAGUUAGACGGCACUUCCACUACUUCUAAAAUUAACCCUACAUUCGGACAGUCAGACGAAACUUCCACUACUUCUAAUAAUAACCCUACAUUAGGACAGGUAGACGGCACUUCCACUAUUUCUAAUAUUAACCCUACAUUCGGACAGGUAGACGGCACUUCCACUACUUCUACUAUUAACCCCACUUUCGGACAGGUAGACGGCACUUCCACUACUUCUGAUAUUAACCCUACAUCCGGACAGAUAGACGGCACUUCCACUACUUCUAAUAUUAACCCUACAUUCGGACAGGUAGACGGCACUAACACAGUACUAAAGACCACGUCAGCUAGUCCACACACAGAAAGUAGGCUAACGAUAACCUCCAACACACCUAAUAGUGCGACAAAUUCAGCCUUAAAUUCGAGUGAAAAUCUGACCAUCACACAGUUUAUACCAGACACGACUAAAGCACGUUCACAACUCACGACUGUUGCACGAACAUACCGACAACACCAGCAAAAUUCUUCGCACAGUUUACCUAGCACGGACAUACCCACACCAACUCUACUACCAGUCAAACCCAGCGCUUCACCUAGCACAAGGACAGACAAGACGACAACAACAAGACCUGAGGACGACACCGCCACGAUAGUCGUGGAAACGGAAACCGACUUUCUUACAAACCCACCACCACCUUCACACACCUAUCCACGCUCUUCUAGCAAACAUACCGCGGAAUUUAGUAAACAAACACGCGUAAAAUCUACGACUGAGUUCACAACUUCAGAAAGAGUAGCCUCAAGGACAAUGACAAAUACAGAAAAUAUAGCCUCAAUGACAAUGACAAAUACAGAAAAUAUAGCCUCAAUGACAAGGACAAGGACAAUGACAAAUACAGACAAAAUAGCCUCAAUGACAAUGACAAAUACAGAAACGACGACAACUACACAAACUACAACCGCAAUCAAACUACCAGACCUUCAAACAAAGAAAGGCUGUGAGGUGAUAACAUUCCCAGCACCGGUCGGGACAGUAGGGAGAAGGGUUGAGGAGGAGAGUCCGGUUCACAUGUACAUCGCGAUAGGAGGUGCGGCCGGCGGGGCGACACUACUACUGGCUGCCGCUAUGGUGGGUUGGCUGUGCUGGCGGAGGACGAUGGUAAAAAGGGCACAUGUCUACACCAACCCGGGCGCGGUCAACGAAAAUGUUAUCUACGAGGAACCGAUCUACCUGUGGCCCAAGGAUAUCGUAAACACAGACGACGUUGAAUGGACCAGUGAAGACCAGGUGACCCUGUGGCCGUGGGAGGCGACUCCGAUCUACCAGCGGCAGUGGUUACCCACACCGUCCACCAUCGCAGAGGAGGACGAUCAACAUCUUCAGGUGAACUAA